GGUCUUAUUGUAUGGCCUUUUUUACCUCUAGUUACGAAUCAUCUUGAUACUCUCUUAGAUAUUAUAUUACCUGUCUCACUCCGACAGUUCAUACUCCCAUCUACAAUCCUCAUGGCAGCUGGACUCGCAACAAUGCCCACGGAAUUUAGCAAAUACAUGACAUCCCACCUCUACAUCUUCGUGAUCGGUCCCCGUGGAAAAGAGAUCACCGUGCAUUCGGGCCCACUAGCCAACCUUUCCACCCCGCUCAAUAACCUCAUCAACGGCAAGAUGGUCGAGGCCAACCACCGUCGGGCUGUUUGGUCCGAUGUCAAAGAGGAGACCUUCUUUCGACUGUGUGAAUACGCCUACGUACGGGAUUACACGCCGCCAACCUCUUAUUUGGGGAUAACCCGCCAGGCCAGACCGACGGAAGAUCGACCGGAACCGGUAGGGACUGAGAAACUUGCGAUAGCCACGCCAAAGACGUCGAACAUGGUAAAUGCGAAUGUAACUGAUACUCGGAUGUUUAGUCUGUCAGGGCCAAAUCCAAGGAGACAAAACCCUGUAACCUAUGAUGUCUUCAACGGCCACAGACUGCCAUGCUAUGAGAGAGACAUCCGGACUGCACAUCUCCACAACAUACUCGCAGUUUUUGAGUCAGAACUCAAACCGAAGCUGGAGCGGUCCUCGGCAAUGCCCAAGUACAAUCCGGUGGGGAACCACGAACCAGGGGAGAACUUUUCCCCCGUGUUUCUCGGUCAUACCGAGCUAUAUAUUCUGGCUGACAAGUACGAUAUCACGCCGCUCAAGGACCUGGUUCUAUACAAAUUGGUCCGAACCCUGUCACUGUUUAACGUGUGUCAGAGCAAUGUCGGCAAUGUGACAGAAUGGAUCCGACUCGCAUACCAGAAGACUCUCCCUCAAGACCCUCUGAGGAAAUUAGUUAUCGCCUAUAUUGUGUCGCAUCUGGGGCAGUUUGGUGGGAACGAGGGCUUCAAGGAGCUCCUCGAUGAGGGCGGUGAUUUUGUUAUAGACUUUUGGGACAAGAUCUGGAAUAAUUGA